CAUUUCUGAAACAAGUAAUUCAUCAUCUGUCCGCAGUAGAAGUUUGAAGAAAACCUAUAAGAACAUUUUCGCGGGUAUCGGUCUGGGAGACUGGUCACUAGUUAUUCCAAUAUGGCGGCGUGUUCAAGCGGGGACAGUUUUUUGGACAGUUCACCUCUUGUGUUAAGAAUUACAUAUGAAGAACUAGUUGCUUAUGCCGACGGUCUAGAUAGGAAGGAAGAAAAGAAAAACCCUAAGAAGAAACAUCAGGGAGAAUUUGAAGAAAAUGAGUCCAAGCCUGUGAAAAAACUCGAGAAGAAAGACACAACUGACGUCAGCAAGAAUACUUCGCUCAAGAAAGACGAGGUUGAAUGUAAAGAAAGUAACUUUACUCAUCGCAUGGAUGAAGAGAUUCAAGAAAAAACUCGAAAAGAAUCAAAGAAGGAGAAAAAGAAACUGUCAGGACCAAAACCAAAUCGAAAAUCAUCAUGUCAUGGAGAGAAUAAUGUGAACAAUAAGGACAAAGCCACCGUUUCUAAUGGCGACAGUGUGAAUGCAUCUAAAGACGUUGGAAAGCACGGAGGAAAAUCGAGAAAAGAAACAAAGGGCGCGAAAGAUGGAGAAGAGUCUGAUAAUUAUGAACUUGAUUUAAGAGCACGAACUGGUGGUGUUUUGAAGCUAUCAAAAGGCCCUGUUCAUGGUACAGAAUCACCCAAGGAGACUAAACCGAGAGGGAUAAUCAAAUUACCGGAGGGCUUUGAUUUCAAUAUUCCUGACAAAAGCGAGGAAAAGGAACCUUUUAAAACUGAUGCACCUUCUCAAGAGAGAGCAAUUAGAAAAAGCACUAGUAAUAGACAAUAUGAUCAAGAUUAUCCAGAGAAUCAAGGUCUGCAGAGCAAAGAAGUUCAUUUUAGCAGAGAAAAUGACCAAGAAAGAAAAGAGAAUUGCAGAACAGUAGAAAAAACUGAAACAGGAAUUUUUCAAAGUAAAGAAAACUGGGUGGAAUGGGUAGACAAUCAGGACUCACCCCAAGAAAAUGAACAGGGACCUGACAACCACACUAAAGUUGAAAAAAAGCUUAAAUCUCUACAUCAUCAAAAAGCUCAAAAAUUAAUGAGAGCAGUUGCCCAGAAAGAGAUGAUGCUGAGUAAUUUGUUAUCUCGAGACAUACUUGACAAGGCAGCUUUUGAGAAAAUUUGUACCCUUAGUAAAGAAAUUCAGGAUGCAUACAAAGGAAUCAUUAUGCUUGAUGUUGGUUUUGCAGUUCAACAAGAUGUUGAUCAGAACCUUUGGAGAAAUGCAUUUUAUAAAGUGAUUGAAACAUUUAGGAAAUAUGGAAAGCUUUUUUUGGGAUAUGCAGGAAAAACAGAGGUGCUUUCACAGGAAGAAAUAAAUAACUGUCUGAAGAAAUUCCUAGAAGAUGCUGAGACAUUUUAUAAAGGUCUACUUGAGUUUCUACAGAAGGGACAUGAAUUCUCAGUUCAGGAUGUGGUUAACCAACCAAGAAAAGCAGAGAACCUUGGAAAGAAUGCUAAACUUGCACUCCUGAGCUCGCACCAUAUUUUGAUAUGUCUUGGAGACAUAGAAAGGUAUCAAGGACAGUUUCAACCAAACCAGAACUGGGCUUCCAUAAGAUCAUGGUAUCUUAAAGCCAGUAAACUGGCUCCCAAGGAUGGCAAACCCUACAACCAGCUGGGUGUCAUUGCAGUGUUAGCCAAUCGUAAACUCGAUUCUGUGUACUUUUACAUAAGGAGUCUUGCUGCAAGUAAUCCAAUAUUGACAGCUAGGGAAAAACUAACAGCUAUUUUCUAUGAUAUACAGAAGAAGGCAGAUAGAAUUCAAAGAGCUGAAGAUGAAAGAAAGGCUUGUUCAGAGCAACAAAUCCAUCAGAUGGAAGGCAACAACCAUACAGGAAGAGGAAAGGGGCGGUCAGUCUUUGGACAUGUGGUUAAGGGUCUUGGAUUCAUCUCAGAACACAAAGCUACUCAUGGCAGGUACCUGAUGCUCGGUUCUUUUUAAUUCCCUUAAAACAUGAUGGAUGCAAUCAUUGUUUGAGAUAUUAUAAUUAGAUAUUAUCCCAUUGACGCCUGUGCCGUCCGUAACCGCCCAUGCGAAAAACUCCUCCAUUUCUCUGUGCUGCCCAUAACCACCCAAAAAAAAAGCAUGUGGGGACAAUUGCCUUUCCUACCCUCCCUGAAGACUUUUUGGUUCUCCU